CCCAGAACCGCUCCUGUACAGAGAGAAUGAUGGGAUAGUGGAGGACACACAUGAGCGAUAUAAAGAGAUACACAUGCUAACGUUGUGCUAUAUCAAUCUAAAGCUCAGUAUUGUGUGUUCUGGUGUCCGUGUAUGUGAAUGUGAAUGUGUGUGUGUGAGAGUGACACGAGGCCUGUGGCGUGUCCGUGUUUAAAUUGUUGCAGUGUUAUGGAGGGUUUGGGAUUGCAGACCGUGGCGCUGAGUGAUGACAUACAGCAAACCCUCAGCGUUGGGAGUUUAAUGGAGGGAAACACCGUUCAACUGGAGGACGGCACUACAGCGUACAUUCAACACAUCACAGUCCAACAGAAAGAGUCGCUAGCGUUUGAAGACGGUCAGGCGGUACAACUGGAAGAUGGAACUACAGCGUAUAUUCACCACACACCUAAAGAAGGUUUUGACGCGAGCACAGUGGAAGCCGUUCAGCUGGAGGACGGCAGUACCGCGUACAUCCAUCAUCCCCACGCACUGCAGACAGAGGGCGCUGUAGAGACGACCGCAGAUGCCGAGACCAUCGCGACACUGGAGAACUACGCCACAAAGCUCUCAGAAUCAGAGGAGCCAACUGAUGGAAACAUGGAGAACUCAAACGGAGGCGAACAGACCAGCAUACAGUUGAUGUUUGAGGGUAAGGUCUGGAGCUCCAGUAAAGUCCAGCACAGUGAAAAGAGUUUCCGCUGCGAUCACACGGGCUGCGGGCGAUUCUACACCACCGCACACCAUCUGAAGGUCCACGAGCGCUCUCACACGGGCGACCGGCCGUACAGGUGUGAGUUGCCGUCCUGCAGUAAAGCGUUCGCUACGGGAUACGGUCUGAAGAGUCACCAGCGCACACACACUGGAGAGAAACCCUACAAAUGUCCUGAAGACAUGUGUUACAAAGCUUUUAAGACCUCCGGAGAUCUGCAGAAACACGUGCGCACACACACUGGUGAGAAGCCGUUUAAGUGUCCGUUUGAGGGCUGCGGUCGCUCCUUUACCACGUCAAACAUCCGGAAAGUUCACACGCGCACACACACGGGCGAGCGGCCGUACCUUUGUCCAGAGCCGACGUGUGGGAGAGCAUUCGCCAGCGCUACGAACUACAAGAACCACAUGAGGAUACACACCGGUGAGAAGCCGUACCUGUGUACAGUUCCCGGUUGUGGAAAGAGUUUUACGGAGUACUCCAGUCUUUAUAAACAUCACGUAGUUCACACGCACUGUAAGCCGUACACAUGCAGUCACUGCGGAAAGACCUACAGACAGACGUCAACGCUCGCCAUGCACAAACGCACUGCGCACGGAGACUUCGACACCGCAGAGGACGAUGUUUUUGGGGCCUCACCGCAGGGCACUGAACUGAAAGAGAACGAUGAAGUUGCCAUGGAAACCAACAACAUCGGCUCACAGCAGGUGAGUGUGUCAGGCGAACACCUGCAGGUCCUUGGCGCGGCCGUCACCAUGGUAACCCCGGACGGAACCACCAUCGCCGUCCCCGCCCACUGUGCCAGCACGGGGGGGCAGCGGCAUGUCACCAUGGUUGCAGAUGGCGAAGAGCUGCAGCCGGUCGCUAUAGUAACGUCAGAGGGCAUCAUGACUGACGUGAGCGCGUCUCAGUACCACCAGGUGGCGCUGCUGGCCACAGAGAACGGCACACAGAUCGCAGUUCAGUUAGAAGAUCAGCAGACGUUGGAGGAGGCGAUCACCAUGGCAACAGCAGCGAUUCAACAGAGCGGACUGACCUCAGACCAAUAAAGAAAACAAGAGAGAUUAUUAUUGCGUGUGUCUGUGAUAUACUGGUUUAUUUACCCGCCGCAUGACUGCUUUUCUUCUGAGGAACACAAAGGCAGAUGUCAGGCACAAUGUUAUCGCUUUAACAUCCUAUUGUGCUUCACAGAAGAAAACAAGUCAUACAGGUUUGGAACUACAUUAGGGUGAGUAAAUGUAUGAUUUGAAAGAGAAUCACGUUGUGUUGAUAAUAAAGUGGUAUAUUUGUUGA